ACGUGGGCAUGGCUAUCGUGUCAUCGUGAGCUUGUGCUAUGGUCUAUCAUCAUCCAGGUGCGCGACGCUGUCCGCCUUGUUGUUUCUGUUACUCGUGGUGGUGAAACCAGUGCAACUUGAGAGAAAUCAGUUUGCUAGCGACUUGGCGAGGGUGCUGGCGUUGUUGGUAACAGUUCAAAGGAAAUCCCAUCUGGAACGCGCCAAAUUUAUUCGCAGCAGCGUUGGUGCCAGCUCUGCCGCACCCUAAACUUGUCUUCGUUUCUUUGACGUCCUACAAUUACCCCCGCUCUUAACCGACUGUGUCUCAAGCUUCCAAAUUUUUGUUUCCUUGCCUGUCUCGUUCCACGCCUCCCAGCCGGCGCAAUGUCGGCGGGCAGAGGACACGGCAACGACUCCCUGAGGUCACCGCCGUCCUCCCCGCUCCACCUGCUGGAGGUCACCGUCAUCUCGGCGCAGGACCUGCACCGGCGCCGCCUCGGCCGCCGGGUGCGCGCGUACGCCGUGGCGUGGGUGGAUGAGGCGCACAAGCUGCGUACGGACGUGGACCGCACCGGCGGCGCGGUGCCCACGUGGAACGACCGGUUCCUGUUCCGCGUGGACGACGCGUUCCUGCGCUCCGACACGGCGGCGGUCACCGUGGAGGUGCGCGGCGCCCGGAGCCUGGGCGGCGACGCCGUGCUCGGCCUCACGCGCAUCGUGGUGAGCACGUUCGUGCGCCCCGGCGGCCGUGGCCGGCAGGUGGCGGCGCUGCUGCUCCGGCGGCCGCGCUCGCUCCGGCCGCAGGGCAUCGUCAACCUGGCCGUGGCGCUGCUGGACGCCACCCACGCCGCGCGCACCGUGCCGCUCUACGACGCCCCCAGCUCGCCCGACGCGUUCGCCGUCCGGGACCUCGUGAUGACGAGGCCGGCGUCGCUGUGCAAGAUCGCCGAGUGCAGCGAGGAGCCGGACGUCGACGAGGACCAAAGCAACCAGGCGUUCAUCGACCACUACGGGUACCUGGAACCCAAGGGCGCCGCCGUGGAGCAGAGGAAGCUCGAGCAGAAGCUCGAGAAGUGGAAGGCCGACCUGUCGCCAGGCCCCAAGGAAGGCAGACGCGGCGGCGCCCGGAGAUGGGGUCGGGGCUUGUGCUUCCGCAGCAGCGGUGAGUGGGAUAGGUAACAUAGCACUGCCGCAUGGGAACGGCGUGACAGGAUGCUCGUUCUUACCGCAAAAAGUCUUUGAUUUGUUCAGAUUGUUUAGGUUUUGCCACAGUUUUUCGACUUCAGUAUCUAUCUAGUAUUAUAUAUGUAAAAAACUUGC